AUGGUUAGAGGCAAUUCAUAUUUUCGCUGCGAUUCCGUCGACAGCGACAAUGAUUCUGAGCUCAAUAUGGUUAUGUACACCGGUCCACGUUCGACGAAAACCAAAAAGUUGCACCACUCUCAUAUUCAAGCGCAGCGGGAAGUCCCGAAGCAGAUGCUCCCAUUGCGUUCACAGAUACCAUCGUUGUUUUCUGUGCCGAUCACCAACUGUCCGACUUCACCGAAACCCACCAAGGACUUUGCCAAACACAAUCUUGCCUUCAUUGAGAAGGAAAAUCGUCAAUUGUCAGUGCGAGUUCCGCGAUCACGAGAAAUGAAGCCGGCGCAGCAAUACCAUUCAACUCAGGAAUCGAAUGCGUUCCGAAUGUCGGGCUACAGCGGACUCUACACGCCGAAAGCGACGCCAACGUCGAAUCGCGCCUCGUCGGGAGUGUCAAGCUCCUCAUCGGAGACGCUCAUGUCGGGAAUCUCCAUGGGAUCGUUAGACAAGAAGCGCUUCGAGGAUCUCGAGGAUCCAGCCGUCGAAGUUGACCUCGACAUUUUCUUGAGAAACGACGCCAAGAGUUCCUACUACAUGGCCCAACAGCAGCAGCAUCUUCAACAACAACAAUAUCAGCAACAACAACAGCAAAUUAGGCUGAAACCACAACAACUGCUUCAACAGCAGAAUACCAUUCAGAUUCAAGGGAAAACACUUUACGGAUCGAUGUAUCCGAAAGCUCCAUUCGGAGAUGUAUCUAUGGUGUUCGAUUCAAGAGAGGUGCCUUCUACGAGUCGUCUGAACCAUGUAGCUGCUUACGCGAACCAGGCUCGUGCCCAACAGCAACAGCAGCAACAGAACCAGCAACCGAGACAGGCGCCGAAAAAAAGUUGCGACUAUUGCUGGGGAUCUUACGUAGAAAUGUGCCAGCGUGUGUCAGUCGCUGAGCCCAUGUACCCAGUUGAUGGUCCGUGGAAUUGGCAUUGCUUGUUCGAUUCCGAUGGCCGUGUAGUUUGUCCGCGUCUCUGGUUCGUUCAGGUCGAGCGAGCCGGCGAUGCGAUGCUCUCGCAAAUGGCUCGUCCACAACAACCGCAGUUUUAA